AUGUCCGCCGCUCUACGUGAAAAUGAGCUCAUUAUUCGAGCAUGCAUCCUGUACGAGUCUCUCGACCACAAACCAAUUGAGGAGUCAUACGAAAACUUCUGUAGAAAAGUUGGAAAAGACGUGAUGACGUUCUACGAAUUCGAUUUUCUGUUUUAUCAAUUUAAAAACGGGAAUCACGACCUGUAUCAUGAUCGCAGUAAGGAUCCGAAACAACUGAUGCUGUCGGAAAUGCCAAUCGACGUGAUGCCCGAUAUUUUGAAACACGUGAGUGGUGGUGAUAGAUUGGCUGUUCGAAAAGUGUCCCGAAAUCUUCGCCACAUUAUUUAAACCAUGCCAUCAGGAUUUCAUCACAUUUCACUUAUCAGGGAUAACAACUCGUUGCAGAUGAUUCUUAAUGAUGCUGAGGUUUUGUACAGUCCAAGAGAUGGUGGAUGCGAUGUCACGUAUACUCAUUAUAUUCAACAGCCUGUAGGUGGCGGACACUCAAGUCAUAUUAAGCAAGCAUUUAUUGAAGGAUUUGAUUAUACGGAUAUAUUCUACAAUGAUUUCAAAAUACUGCUGAAAAACAAAAAAAAGUGUGCCUAGACGAUUUCACGAUUCGCAUGGUCAACGAUGAAGGAACGACUUCUGAAAAAGAUGUCGAAAAUAUCACUCAUGCCAUUGAAUCAUCAAAAAUAUUUAACGUCGAUUGGGUCAAAAUUGAUGGUUUGAGCUUUGCGGAAAUCUGUCCAAUCUUGGCACAAAUUCAACCUACCAGCCUGCACUUUGAAGUGAAAAAUGGUACGAUUGGUCACGAAGACGUUGUGAAUCUUAAACAAUGGAAAAAAGCCGACAUUUUCAAUUCGUAUACCUACAUGACCAUUCCGAUUGAGAAUUUUCUACAUUUUAACCAUAUCUCCAUUAGUUUGACAGAACUCACCACUGAUGACGCGCUGAAAAUUUGUAAUAUGCUCGACUCCUCGGAAACUUUUUAUAAAGCAUCGAUCACUGUGAGAGACUUCAAUUUGAUGGAAAUUGCGAGAGUCUUCGAUCCGGAAAAUGAAAUCAUCAACGAAGAGAAUGGAAAUGAAGAACUCUACUACACAGCCGCAGAUGGCACAAAUUUCAGAAUUCAUAUCUACUCGGAACAGAACGAAAAAAAUUUGAACAUUGAAGUAUGUAGCAGUCUCGGAAGAUCAAUUCCAUAAUU